AUGUCCUCUCUAACAAGAUUGUUACAAGAAAAACGAAAAAAUGACACUACAAUCACAACAAACAACACUCCCACUGUCAUUCAUGAAAGUCUGCCCCAAAAUCCACCAUCUUUUGGUCAUUCUUUAGUACGAGCCACUUCAAAAACCAUUGACAUAUCUCAUAAUAGAGCUACCCCCAAUAUCACAACAAGUGUUACAACUGUAACACCAAUAGAAUCAGAAGAUGAUGGUGACUCCUCCACUACACCAGGCUCUUCCAUGGGUGCGAAACAUGAUGGAUUCUCCUCUAGUUUCUUAACUGCAAAUUUUGCUCAUACAGCUAAUUUACAUAGAAAUCAUCGUAAUCAACAGCAGCAUCACCCUACAAAUGCCUCUCCAAGUAGUUUUUCAACAAAUGAAAUCUCAUCUUCACCUUAUACAAAUGAUUCUUUCAACAUAAGAGGUAAUUCAAGAAGAUCUUCAUCAAAUAUUCAUCAAUUACAUUCAGGUGGAAUCAAAAAUAAUAUUCCAUCUCUGUCAUCAAGUAUCCCAUACGCUGUACCCAAUUCAAACAGUAAUAAUAAUAAUGAUACAAAUAAUAACAAUGGUACAGGUAGUAGCGCAAACUCCUCAUUAUCAUCUUCAUGGUUAGAUGCGUAUGGUACAUCGAUGCCAAAUAAUAUAUCUGCAAUCGAUUCAAAUAUUAUUACUUCCCCUGUGGUAAAUUCUGUGGAACCAAGGUUCAUAAUCUCAAAGCAAAAACUUCAAAAAGCAGCUCAAGAAAAUAGUACUUUCCAUACUCAAAAUAAUUCUGUAUCAAGAUCAAGUUCAUUUUCUUCACAAUUAGGUAACUUAUUCUUCUCCAAAAGUUCAAAAGAUUUUCAAAAUUCAUAUAACACAACAAAUGUUACAACCAAUAAUCAUCAUCAUCACUCUCCUAUUUCGAAUAAUUAUGGAAAUUCAACCGCCUCCAUCCCAAAUAUAACAAAAGGGUUUAAUGUAAGUACAAAUACAUCAACAUCAACAAUCAAUACAACCACCAUCCCUAAACCAAUAAGGGCAAGACAAUCAAGUAUAUAUUCAGCUUCACGACAACAACAACAACAGCACGUAUCUACAUCAUUUAAUAAUGAACAUUUUUAUGGUUCACCAAAUUCAAUUCAUGAACAUAAUCCACCAAGUCAAAGCGUACCAAGAUCACAUAAUUCAUCCAUCGCUGACUUGAGAAGAUUUUUCAAAAAAUCAUCAUCAAGUUCAUCUACCUCUUUCCAGAAUUCCAUAAACAUGAAUCAACAACAAUUCAGCUCCUCUCCACUACAACCGUCAAACAAUAUACCUGUCGCUUCAACCAAUUCAAUGACAUCAAAUAAAUCAACAACUUUAUCAUCCUCGGCGAAUUCUUAUAGCAACAAUGACACAAUAUAUUCAAAUUCAAAUGGCACAACUCCAUUACCCUUCUCUAAGCGAUACAUUAAAACAGGUGAUGAUUUAGGUGCAGGUGCUGGUGGUUCAGUGAAAUUAUUUAAAAGAUUAAUUGAUAAAAAAAUAUUCGCAGUGAAAGAAUUUAGAUCCAAAUUUGAAAAUGAAUCCAAGAGAGAUUACGUGAAAAAAAUUACAUCUGAAUAUUGUAUCGGAACCACUUUAAAUCAUCCAAAUAUUAUUUCCACUAUCGAGAUCAUUUACGAAAAUGAAAGGAUUUUGCAAGUUAUGGAAUAUUGUGAUUAUGAUUUGUUUGCAAUCGUAAUGAGUAAUAAAAUGUCAUAUGAAGAAAUUUGUUGUUGCUUUAAACAAAUACUUACGGGGGUUCAAUAUUUGCAUAGUAUCGGAUUAGCUCAUCGUGAUUUGAAAUUAGAUAAUUGUGUCAUUAAUUCUCAAGGGAUUGUGAAAUUAAUUGAUUUUGGUGCCGCUGUCGUUUUUUCAUACCCAUUCUCUAAAUCAUUAGUAGAAGCGAGUGGAAUUGUUGGGAGUGACCCAUAUUUAGCACCAGAAGUUUGUAUUUUCACAAAAUAUGAUCCAAGACCCGUCGAUAUUUGGUCUUCAGCAAUUAUAUUCGCAUGUAUGAUACUGAAAAAAUUCCCAUGGAAAAUACCGAAACUAAGAGAUAAUUCAUUUAAAUUGUUUUGUUCCGGUCGUGAUUGUGAUUCAUUAAGUGCUUUAGUAACAAGAGCUCCAAAUCCACCUUCUUAUGAUACAUCAAUGACAGAAAUACCGGAGGAAAACAUUCCUCUUCUCAUUCACAAUCGCAUUCGCAUGCCACUUCUAAUAAUGUAUCUGAUCCAAAUAACCCACAUAUUGGUCCCCAAAGAUUAUUACAUUCAUUACCUGAAGAAACGCACUAUAUCAUUGGAAGAAUGA